GAUCCCCUAUAAAUUGAUCUAGUUCUCAUUAAUUGAUGAGACAAAUCAAGAAGAAAAGUCUUCUAUUCUGACUCCCCAACCUACUUGAUUCAAUAAUUUUAGUCAUCACUCAGUGUGUACAUAACUUCAUCCAAAACAAACAAUCAAUUCCCUUUCUCCUUCCAAAAUCCAAAUAUUGAUACUGCACAAGGUAGUAACAUUUCAUUCCAAAACAAUGAUCAACAAAGUAGCAGUCCUACCAGUUCUUUUGCUUUUUAUCAUUGCUGCUUUGGCUUCUGAUCCUGAUCCAGUCAUGGACUUUUGCAUAGCCAAACCAGCAGAUAACAGCUUCACUUGCAAGAACGCAUCCACUGCAACAGUGGAAGAUUUCACCUAUUCUGGCAUUAAGGUUCCUGGGAACUUCAAGCAAACUGGAUUUUCUUCUAUGGCAGUGAAUUCUAAUGUCUUUCCGGGUUUGAACACUCUUGGAGUAUCAUUUGUGAGAGCAGAUUUUGGUGUUGGUGGUGUCAAUGUGCCCCACUUUCAUCCAAGAGCAACUGAGGUUGCUUUUGUGCUUGAGGGAAGGGUUUAUUCAGGAUUUGUUGACACCAAGAACAAGGUCUUUGCCAAAGUGUUGGAGAAAGGAGAAGUCAUGGUGUUCCCAAGAGGCCUUGUGCACUUUCAGAUGAAUGUUGGGGAUGGGCCUGCUACUAUUUUGGGCAGUUUUGACAGCCAAAAUCCUGGCCUAAUGAGAAUUCCAAAUGCAGUUUUUGGUUCUGACAUAAAGGAGGAGCUUUUGGAAAAGGCUUUUGGAUUGAGUUCUAAAGAGCUUUCCAAGUUGAAGAAGAGGUUUUCUCCUAGUUAAAAUGCCCUUUAUGCUUAUGAAGACAAGGGUUCAAAUAAAAACAUUGAACCUUAUGUGUUUGAAUCAGAAUUUGAGAUCCACAAAGCACAGUGAAAAGUUUAAUGAUUAUUGGAUUGAUUUGUAGUCAAUUAUUUUAAUAAUUCAGCCCGUCUGACUUAAAGGGCUGAUUUUAGAGCUACAGUUAUUUAGUAUAGAAGUGCUUCCAUUUUAAAAUUCACUUCCCUUCAGUUAAGGAAGGAGCUUAAGUGGCAGUUGAACUGAUUACAACUUUAUUUCCAACUUAAAUCUUUUGUUUGCUGUCCAUAUUUUGAUGUCAACACAAUCAUAAGCAUUUGGUUCAGUUAUACACGUUUGGUACAAAAGCUAAAAAUAAAAAAGGAGUGGUUGGGGGCAUGUUUGUAUGUGUCUUUACUCUUUACUUUUUCAUUUUGUUACACAUUGCUUCU